UGCGAGACAGAUUCUAUGGUUCAGCUCCGCCUCUCGGGCUGGCCGGCCGAGCUCCCCUGUCUCUGGUGCCGCUCUAGCCUGGGAGAACUCUAUGCGGGGCGUUCGGCGGACUCCCGGCUGGCGGAGAGGCUUCCUUCCCAUGCCCAGCUGGCCAGAGCAGGACCCGGCCAGCCUCCUGCUCUCCGCUGUCUGUCUGCACUCUGCCCUCCUGACCUUCCAGAUCAACCGGGGAGCAUCAGCCUGGUUUCUCCUCCAAGCCCUCCUGGAGACCCUCUCCUUUGGGCCCCGCUGGCGAGGGGCCCGGCCCCCAGACCCCACCUGGUCCUGCACGGUGGUGGGGCUGCCGCUGCUGGCCUUUGCCUUCCACUGGCUGAACGGGGACUACUACACGGCCAACGUCCUCUUGGGAGGUGCCCUGGUGCUGGCUGGCGGCUGGGGCUACUUCACCAAGGAAGGCAAGGCCAUAGUGGUCCAUUCGGUCAUCUCUAUGGUCACCAUUACCAUCUUCAUUGUCUCCGUCUUCACCGGAAGCACCUAUGGGAUGGUGGGCAGUCUCCUGCUGGGGGCAGCCGGCCUGCUGCCAGAAACUGGACUGUGGUCCCUGCCGACCCCAAAGGAGACCGAUGCCCUCCACUGUCUCAUGGCAAGUGCCAACCUGGCCCUGUGCCGGGCUCUCCGAGUGCAGCAUCUAGAACUGGGCAACAGCUAUAGCAGCGGUUCUCAACCUGUGGGUGGGGACCCCAUUUGGGGUCGAACGACCAUUUCACGGAGGUCGCCAAACAACGCAGUCCGCCAUUUUUUUCCCCCUUUUCCUUAGCUGUGCUACU